UUUAGGAUGCAACUUCAGGUCAUUCAAGGUUAUCAGCCAUUUAGAAUGAAGCAAUCUAACUUAAUUUUAUUUAAUUUUUAGCAACUGAAAAGUUUGACCAAAAUUGGUGGAUAGGCACCUUAGUUAUAGUCAUGUGAUAAAGUAUUGAUUGAACCUACCAUCCUUCUGGGUCCUGAUAUAUAAUAUUUAAAUUGUCAAAACAAUCUUAAAAACAAUACUAGGGUGGGAAAUUUUUAAGUCCAUGUAUCAAUUUUGCAAUCAAGACACAAUUACCUUACAUGCAACACUGAUAGAGUGUUGCCCUCUUGAAGAUUUCAGCUACCACUGAAAAGAAGGAUUGGGACCACAAUGAUUUUUGUAGAAAUGCAGUUCUUAAAGGAACAAUUCUCAUUUACAGGAUGAGAUACAAUAUCAUUUUUAGGGUGCAUUGAUGAUUGAAUUAUGAGAUAAAGCUGUUUCUUAGGAUGCAGAGUUGUUGCCCGAGAUGUUGAACCGAGCAGAACUUGGCUCAUGAGCAUGCAAAACCUUGGUUGAUCUUGAAUUUGACAGGUAGUUAUUUAUAGCCCUUAAUAACAGGAAGUAAGUGACUAUUUUUACUAUUUAUGUAUCAAAUGCCACAGUGAUUCUUGUACUAGAAAAUUUUGAAAAAGAAAAAACAUAAAAACCAAACAAAACACAACAAAAUAAAUAAAAGUAAUGGAUGAUGAAGCCAAGAAAUAGUGAAAGAGUUCAAUUUCCUCAUCACCCAAAUAGAGGAAAAAAGAAAAAAAAAGAGGAAAAAAAGGAAUGAAAACCUUUCCACACAACAACCGAAAUUUACCCAGGGUGCCUCUACCGCACAAAUCUAUUUUAUUUUGAUCGGGGUAGUGGUGGUGGUGGUGGAGGGGAGGCACGGGUGGGACAGAUGUUUCGUCGCCAUUAAGUAUCGUUGAGCAAAAUGGCGGACGCAACUGAUGCAGGGGAUAGCUGCUCGGCAUUUAUUCUUCUAACCCUUGUCAGACAUGGUGAAACUCCAGAAAACAAGGCAAACAUCAUUCAAGGGCAGACAGAUACUUUGCUCUCUGAUGAAGGUAUAAAACAAGCCCAACUUGCUGGAAACAAGUUAAAUGAUGAAGUUUUCUCUCACAUUUACUCAAGUGAUUUGAAAAGAGCUCGAAAGACUGCAGAGGAGAUUAUCAAUCAAAACAAUUGCUGCUCUCAAAUGAAGAUUGUAGAGGAUUCUCGUCUGCGAGAGAGAGGUUAUGGUGUAGCAGAAGGAGUAUCCAACCAGAGGUUUAAACAAAUGGCAGCAGAGAACAAUAUGAAGACAAACAUAUUUACACCAAAGGAGGGAGAAACAGUUGCUGAACUCAAAGAAAGAGCAACAAAAUUUUUGAACUCCAUAAUACAUGAAAUUGGAACUUUACACUGUAGUGACUCUAGCAGUUCCAUUCAGAAUGACAUUUGUGUCAAUGAUAAAAUCAUUGAUGAGCCACAGACCUCAAAAUGUGUCACACAAAAACAAGAAAAGAUGUCACAGCUAGCUAAUAUUCUGGCUGUUUCUCAUGGUGGACUCAUAAGGCAGCUUCUGCUCCACUGUAUGGAUGAUUUACCCUCGAAGUUUCCUCCAGGAUCCAAAAGGAGAAUUUCAUUUACUUCUCCAAACACUGGCCUAUCAAAGUUGAAAAUAUAUUUCAAAAAGGAAACAAAAUUACCAGAGUUUGUUGAGUGCUUUUAUUUAUACAAUGCAGAACAUCUUGGCUAAAAAAAAAUUAAAUACAAAACAAGAAUUUCCCAAAUGAUUGUCUCCAGGUGAUGUUCCUGGAGGUGUUUUGUUUUUUUUUAAUUCCAGUCUGGUAUUUAAAACGAUUUUGCAAUAUUUUUUGAGAGUAAUUUAAUGAACAUUAUAGUUGGGGUUAGAUCUCUCUAUACCACUGUAUCAUAGGCCAUAGAAUGACCUAUGGACGAAUGGUUGAAUAAAUAUUUUUUUACCAAAAA